CCCAGUGCCCACGGUUUCCUCUUCCGGUCCGGCGGCCGAGGAAACUGUAACAGCUAUGCUGGGGACGCGGCGUGGAGUUUGAUUCACCUUCACCUGCGCGGAGCACCCGCUGACCCCGGGCUUCCGCCCGGAGAGCUGUCCGACAUGAACGGACGGGUGGAUUAUUUUGUCACGGAGGAAGAGAUCAACCUGACGAGAGGACCCUCGGGGCUGGGCUUCAACAUCGUCGGUGGGACAGAUCAACAGUAUGUCUCCAACGACAGUGGCAUCUACGUCAGCCGCAUCAAAGAGGAUGGGGCUGCGGCCCGGGAUGGGCGGCUCCAGGAGGGUGAUAAGAUCCUCUCGGUAAAUGGCCGAGACUUAAAGAACCUGCUACACCAGGAUGCUGUAGACCUCUUUCGUAAUGCGGGAUAUGCUGUGUCCCUGAGAGUACAGCAUAGGUUACCAGUGCAGAAUGGACCUAUAGUACAUCGAGGUGAAGGAGAACCAAGUGGGAUUCCUGUAGCCAUGGUGCUGCUACCAGUGUUUGCCCUCACCAUGGUUGCAGUUUGGGCCUUUGUGAGAUACCGAAAACAGCUUUGAAAUGCUUGCGGUCUUCCAGUGUGUCCAAUGAACUAUU